AUGUGCUGUUCUGAAACGUAUUCCUUCUACUUUUUUGUGGUGUGUGUUGCGUUGAGUGGAAUUAUUCUCUACGAUUACACAAGUCUCAUGUCACCGAAAUCAGGAUAUUUUCAUAGGAAGGAACAACUUGAAUCUAAAAUUUAUCAAUCUUCGAACGGACCUAUUCAAUAUCAUGUUCACAAUUUGGAAAAUAUUGAAAAUAUUAAAAAGAAUAAUGGGAAAAUAUUUCUGUACUUGCAUGGAACACCUGGAGGUUUCGAAGAAGGAGCUAAUUUUAUGAAAGCAUGCCCAUCGGAUUGGAUCAUUGUGUCUCCUUCAAGAAUUGGAUACGGAAAAACGAAUUUCACACAAUGGACCAAAUCAGAAAAGGAAUCUAUUGAUUUUUACUUCCCAAAAGAAGAGAAAUUUGUGGUGAAUCCUCAUGCUUUUGAUGUGACUCAAACGAGACAUUUAUUGAAAAUUGUUGAACUCGAUGAAUUGAAUGUAAAUGCAACAACAACAACAAAUACUAGCAGUAUUGAAACUAGUAUUGGUAGCAGUGAUAUCCGAUCGAACACUUCAGAUUCCACUCCUUCUCUCAAUUAUCCCAAAUUGAGUUUCAUCUUGGAAAAGAAUGCAAUCAUGAUGAUGGAUUUAAUGAAUCAUCUCUUUGGACGAAAUACCAAAUUCAAUAUUAUAGCUGUUGCUGGAGGCGGCCCAUAUGGACUCGAGUUGGCUUCCAAAAAUCCCUCUCGAGUGGAAACCUUGCAAUUGUUGGCACCUGUUGGAAGAAAUUUCAUUAUUGGUCGAGGCGAUUCUCCCAAGAAAAUUUCAACUCUCAUUACUCAAGUGAAUCAUCGACAAGAACACCAUCUACAAGAAUUUGUUUUCAACAAGAAAGAUAUUUCCUUUAGGCCCAAGAGUGUGAAUAACGAUGAAAAUCUUUCGUUACAACACGAAAAUGAGGAAAUGGAAAAGAAAAUUCUCUCCAUGGAGGUGGAAGAGCCAAAACCGUUCAACACAACUCUUGCUUUAUCGGCCUAUGUCAUGGAUCCAUUUCUCAUGCUUAGAAAUAAUCCACUAAUUGUCAAAUUUAUGAGCUAUUCAGUGGUUCGUUUGAUGAAAUGGUUUCCCAAUGUCGCUUUCAGAAUGUCAGUCAUUAACACAGAACCUGAAAUGCUUGAUAAGAAAUGUUUCGAACAAGUGAAACAAAGUUUUAUGACUCAUCAAUUGAUUGAGGGUUUACAGUUUAAUGUUGGCAUGAUGGAUAGCAAAAUGAGAGGAUACAUUCUUGAUUUACUAUUGUUCUUGCAAUUUUCAAAGGAUAGAAAAGCACAAUUAGAAUCCAUAUCCAUUCCAACCUUAAUUCAAGGAUCCAUCUAUGACAAGUCUGUGGAUUUUGAAGAUCAAGUGGUUUAUAUUUUCCAACACAUUCCAAAAAGUACAUUGAUAACCUUUGGAGAUUGUGGACAAUUAUUCUUUAUCAAUAAUCUUCGAAAAGUCUACUCUUACAUGGAUCAAUUCAUUAUGAGCCAAAGAUCAUGA